AUGCAUCAGCUUGUUCGCUUAGCAACGAGAAAUUGGCUUAGGAGCAAGGGAGUUAUAGAAAAUUGGACCAUCAGGACAGGCGAAUAUUUGAGUGAAAUUUUCCUCCCUGGUCAUCCCAGAAAUCGGGUAGAGUGGUGUGCUGCUCAGUGUCUGUAUGCUGAUGGGCGAUAUCGCGAAGCAGCAAUGCUUUUUAAAAGCGUGUUGGACAGGAGGACACAGCGGCUCCAAAGGGGAGAUGUAAAGAUCUUUAUGAUGCUAGAAGUGCAAGUGGUGAACACACGCAAGACAGUGUUGGGCGUUGAACAUCUUGACAUAUUAUUGGCCAACAUGAAUAAUUAUGUAUCGACAUUGUUGGGUCAGGGCCAAUGGAAGGAGGCUGGAAAGCUAUUCAUACAAGCGGUUGACAUGCACAAGACAGUGCUGGGCGCUGAACAUCCUGACACACUGGCCAGCACGGCCAACCUCACAUUGACAUACGCCGAAGGGCUGGGAGUGCAAGUGAUGGACACACGCAAGACAGCGCUGGUUGCUGAACACCCUGACACAUUGAUUAGCAUGUGGAAUCUAGCAUAUACAUUGAAACAUCAACAGCGCAAUGUUGAGGCUAUUGCUCUGCUCAAAUAUUGUGUUCAGCUACAAGAACAGCGAUUUGGGCCCAACUCAUCUGUACAGUACUCGAGCCUUGUCUGACCUCGAAAUUUGGCAAAAGCCCUUCUCUGGCAGCCUCAUAUAGACACCGCUCACUUAGAUCCACGGAUCUGUUCGAAAAACAGCCAUCAUCAAAUCAUUGCCAGCGAAUACCCAUUUCACAUUCAGGUGAACCAAAAUCGUGUGAUCCAGAAUCGCCUUCUAGCUAGGUUUCACCUCUUAUUGUCACCACUGCGAACACC